AUGCAACUUUUUCUGGAUGGAGACAAAGGAAAAUUCUAUUUAAUUAAGUUUUUAAUUAUGAUUGCAGAUAUUAUAAAUAAAGAAGUGCUGAUUAUUUUGAGAUAUUCUUGUGAUAAAUCAAUAUUUGCCGAAAGUUUAUAUAGAAGUUUCCUAUGUUUGGCGCUGUAAGGCCGAUAAAUUCUGAUCGGAAUUUAUCGGUUGGUUGCACCAAAUCAAUGCCUUGGUCGGACCAAAAAGCGAUUCGGUCCGACGAACUUGGAAAGCUCCUGGGAAAAUGUCUGCGCUUUCAGCGCUAUAUAGAGGAAACCUCUAUAUCAUUGAAAAGUCAAAAAAGGAGCUUCUGAUCUGGAUAGUGAAAAUAUGGAGCAUAAAUUCAUACUUUCAAUAUCUAGAAAAAUUAAAUAA